CUUUCGCUUACUCGCGCGUCAGCGUGAACUUAAUUUGUGUUUGUACUCUGUGCUGUUCUGUGCUCUGUUCCGACAUCGUUCACUAACGUGACUGUGCGUUUUCUGCAGUGGUAAAUAAGUUCAACAGGACAACGUUUGUAAUGUGACAUGAUCACACCUUGUGAAGUUUUCCAUGUGGUCAACAGCUGGUCACUCCCCCCGGGGAACAUGAAAGAACCGCAAAUGAUGGUUGGCUGCAGUCACAUUUGUGGCAGGCAAUUUCGCUCGUUUGUUUCGCGGAGUACUUACCAGCGCGCACGUGCUGCGUGCUCCCGAAAUGGAGAGCGAGCUCAAUGAACUAAGGCUAGGCUAUUCGGACGUCGUCUGCUCGCACGUUGGAUGGAGUCGUACCGACAGAAGCGAAGAGACGCCUUCCGAUUGCUGUCAGCGGGGCGCCUCGUGGGCCGCCGUUGGCGUCUCUUCCAGAGGACUCCGCAGCAAGAAGGCGAUCUGGUGCUGACUUUCUCAGCUAAUACGGAUGCUUCGGUGGUGGAAUGGUUUCGGGAAAGGCUGAACAGAAAAGUUCCGCAGCUCACUGUCCGGCUCUGUCGGCACCCACAGAUGGGCCAAGUGGCACUUUACUGCAGUCCAGCCGCUGAGCAUCUGCUUCUUUGUGGAGCCGAAGAGUUGCGGCUGCGCAAGCGCUUGCGCCCUGAAUGGGGAGGUGGCAACCGGGAGUUCACUUGUGCCGAGAAGGACUGCUUCGAAGGGAGUGGUCAGCUGAGUGCCCAGGAGCGGCAACGUGUGGUGCUGCACUGGCUGAGAGAAGGUCUGCGCGCGUCUGGACCAGGGGACCAUCCGGGUCCACCAUCAGGCCAUCACACGCCUUGCCUCGAGGGCCAAUGUCUUGUGGAGUGGUGCCUUGCUGAGGGCCUCCUCAGUCAGCUGGUGGCCCUGCAUUCUACGAAGGAGUUAGACUGGCUCAAGAAACAUUGGGUGCUGGCUUUCUUUAGGCUGCAGCCACUAGAACGUGUGCGGAACUACUUUGGUGCAAAAGUGGCCAUGUACUUUGCCUGGCUGGGCCACUACACCUGGUCCCUGGCCGUGCCCGCCAUUGUCGGCCUGCUCGUGGGCCUCUCCUGUGGCUCUCAUGGUGAACAGGCACAGGAGGAUGCGUGUUUGGUGGGAUUUGCACUGCUCAACAUGCUUUGGGCGACCAUCUACCUUGAGCUGUGGAAACGCUACUCAUCCGAGCUAGCCUACCAGUGGGGCACUCUAGAAGAGCAAAGUGAGCUGCUGGUGGAGCCCAGGUCUCAGUUCCGGGGUGAGCCCAGCCGGAGUCCAGUGACAGGACGCUUAGAGCCCAGCUAUCCUGCCUGGAAGAGACACCUGUUCCGGUAUCUGGUGACACUGCCCGUGGUAGCCUGCUGCCUUCUGAUUGUAGUGCUGGCUGUCUUCCUCAUCUUUCAACUCCAGCACUGGUGGGACGAGUGGCGUGUGCAAAGGUACUUCCUGGGAAACUUCUCCUUUUUGCCCAAGCACUGGCCCCAGGCUGCCCUCUCCAGCAUGGUCUGGGCUGCCGCAUUGGGUCACAGCUCUGCUGGUCUAGCAGGCUCGAAAGUCGUCUUCGGUGUGCCGCGCCAUGGCCUCGAGGUAACAGAGGCCUAUAAGGGUGCCCGGACAACCAUGGGUUGGCUAGGUAAGCUUGACCUUGUGACAGCGGCUCUGAUGCAGCUUGCUCUCCAGGCUGGGCUGGCGGUUGGUCACCCAGGUGUCCUCUUGCGUGAAGACCCGGUGAUGAGGGCGAAGGGGAUACUGCUGGCAGUGGUGAUACACGUGCUAGACACCGUCUACUACCGCAUCGCUCUCUGGCUUAACGACAUGGAAAACUAUAGGCUGGAUCAGGACUACGAGGAUCAACUGAUUAUAAAAAUAGCCGUGUUCCAGUUUGUCAACUCCUUCCUGUCACUCUUCUACAUUGCCUUCUACCUGCAAGACAUGGACCAGCUUCGAGAGCAACUUGCAACGCUGUUGAUCACUCGUCAAGUCCUCGGAAACAUCAAGGAGAGCGUCAUACCGUUCUUGGUGGAGAGGCUGCACUUGGCUUGCCUGGAGUUGAGCAGCACCGAAGAUUCUCCGCCGUGUGCAACACCUGAAGAGAGUCCAGGUUGUAGCAGCGCGUCAACACCCAAGUUGAGCCAGGGUGAAACGGAGUGUGCCAUGUUCAAGUACGAAGGUACUUUCGAGGACUACCUUGAAAUGUUCAUCCAGUUCGGCCACGUGACCCUCUUCUCUUCAGCAUUUCCCUGGGCUGCCCUAUGCGCCUUGCUGAACAACCUGGUUGAAGUGCGCAGCGAUGCCUUCAAGCUGUGCUUUGUCUUCCAGCGCCCCUUUGCUCAGCAGGCCAACAGCAUUGGUACCUGGCAGGUGGCCAUGGAGGUCAUGGGCAUGCUGGCAGUCGUAGUGAACUGUGCACUGAUGGGCACCCUCGGUCAGGUGCAGCGACUCUGGCCUUCACUUGCACCUCUGGAGGUGUUGCUCAGUCUAGUGGUACUAGAGCAUGUGGUUUUGUGCAUCAAGUUUGCCAUCGCUUAUGCCAUUCCCGAUGUUCCUGAUUGGGUUGCUACUGAGAUGGCCAAGACAGAAUUCCACCGAAGAGAAGCUGCUAAGGAUGCUAAGCUGACCACAGCUACCAGAGCAACGUGCACUUCUGAGGAUUUCCUCAGCCCUGAACAUCGAUGCCUCUGGGAUCCGUUGAGCACUAGCGAUCCGGAUUCAGCCAGUCAACCAGGUCCCCUGCCCAGCUGGGUUGGACGGCUUCUGCGGAUGCCUGUCACCAAACCGAGACAAAGGCGACGUACCAUGCCCACAUCCCAGCAGUAACAGCUGAACCACUGUGGCCGAUGUUGCCAAGCACCUAGGCACCAAGCAUGGGACAAACUGCUUUUUGGGCAGGCCUGUAAACAGAGUUCAGUAGCACAGGUGGUAAUGAGCAUUCAGAGCAGAUUUGUAAUUGAAAGCCAUUGGGUGAAUUCAGCCCCUGCUCACUUCCUAUGUGGAUAGCGCCAUCAGGGUCUUCUGUUCUGGCAGUUCGCACAAUAGUUCAGUAAGGGGUAAGUGAAUAUCAUGAGUAAAGAACAACAACCUCUCACUGCAAACGUGGCUUGUGAUGGGACAAAAACAUACCAUCACUCAAGUGUGGUAAUACAUGUGUGGUGGAUGCCAGAAGUUUUUGCUCAAGUAUACAUUUUCUCAAGGUUGUGUUAUGUGUGUGUAAAUUAGCUUGCAUUAGGUCGCUUCAAAGAAAAACAAGUUGGCUGUUGCAAUGCAAGCUUGCUGCAGACUGCAGUGGAAGCCAGGGAAUUGAUGUUGGUUCAAAGUGUGCACAGUUUGGCACAAUGGGGCAACAUUUGGGGCUUAACACACUCAGCUGUAAAAGCUCACUUGUACGAGGCACAGCCCCACCGCGAUGGUCUAGUGGCUAAGGUAAUCGGCUGCUGA